AUGUAUUGUGGAAAUGCUCAGCUGGCCACCCCGGCAAUGCCCAGCUGGCCACCCCUUUUCAACACUGAGAGAAGCGCUCAUAUAGUGAGCAAAAAUCAUUAUUUGAGGCUUGACAUGUCAUUAGAGUUAAGAUUCACUGCAGUUAUCUUUUUCGCCUUGGGUGGCAGAUAUCACUCUCUUUCUGCGUACAAUGGAGAGGAUGACAUGUUCAGUUCUGAUCUUAGUGAUGAUCAACUGAGAAUGAGGCUUGGGCACAUGUCUAACACACCUUGCCAGAUUAUCUUUUCAAUGGCUGAUGAAUAUGUGCCAGAUUAUGUUGACAAGAAAGCAUUAGUUGACAGAUUAUGCAGAGCAAUGGGUGGCGCGGAGAAAGUUGAAAUUGAAUGGGGAAACCAUGCCUUGUCUAACAGAGUUCAAGAGGCUGUUCAGGCCAUAAUAGACUUUGUUAAAAGAGAGGGACCCAAAGGGUGGGAUGAUCCAUGGAAAUUUUUAGAGUUUGAAGAGUUGAGUGAGCUUGAAUUAGAGAAAUUGUUUCGUUUCAGAGACAUAAAAGGUGGAGACGGUUUUCGAAUCUUCGAGCAAGGUAGAUGA